UCUCCUACAUGCGUGAGAUAGAAGAUGGCUGCCGUGGGAGAGCCCGUUCGCUUGGAGAGAGAUAUCCUCAGGGCCAUCGAGUUGCUAGAAAAGCUACAAAGAAGCGGAGAGGUGCCCCCACACAAGCUGCACGCGCUACAGAGAGUCCUACAGAGUGAUUUCUGCAACGCCAUCAGGGAGGUUUAUGAACAUGUGUAUGAAACUGUGGAUAUCAGCAGCAGCCCAGAAGUGAGAGCAAAUGCCACAGCAAAGGCUACUGUGGCUGCAUUUGCUGCAAGCGAAGGCCAUUCCCACCCCCGAGUGGUGGAGCUCCCCAAAACAGAAGAGGGCCUGGGAUUCAACAUAAUGGGGGGGAAAGAGCAGAACUCUCCCAUCUACAUCUCUCGUAUUAUUCCUGGUGGGAUUGCAGAUCGACAUGGAGGACUCAAGCGUGGGGACCAGCUGCUCUCUGUUAACGGCGUGAGCGUGGAGGGUGAGCACCACGAGAAAGCCGUGGAACUCCUGAAAGCUGCUCAAGGGAAGGUGAAGCUGGUGGUCCGAUACACCCCAAGGGUCCUGGAAGAAAUGGAGUCCCGAUUUGAAAAAAUGCGAUCGGCCAAGCGCCGGCAGCAGAAUUAGACGAAUGCGUUGGCAAGACACAAACUCUGAAUUCCACUAUCCAGUAAAUUUGUAUUGACCUGAGAAUCCCGAGGGGCUGCUCCUUCCAGGCCCACCCUGCGCAGGUCUCAAUAUCCUAACGGGUCCUUCUAAUGUAACGUUUACAGGGCAGUUUUUACUUACCCUCCUUUUUUUAAAACCUCAAGGGAAUUUUAAAACCUUUUUAAUACAGUGGCGUAGUUGUAGGUUUGUAACGGUAAUCUUUGUACCAUUGCGAUUCUCCAUUAUCCUGUGCUUCUCUGUAUUGUGCAAAGGGGUCGCCCUCUCAGCGGGAAAGGGUCUGUCUGUAAGUGGAUACAGGUUUGUAGCUGGGCCGGUUGUAUACAGUGUCUCACCUUUGUGAUGUAAAGUGCAAUGUUCUCAUCGUUAUAGGAAAUGUCACGGUCCUGCGUAAUGUGGAUCGGAGCAACCGCAACAUGAAUUAUGUCCUUUUAGAAUCAAUAGUCCGUAUUAUGGGAAAUGUUGGGCAGCCUAAAAACACACACAAAGUAUUUACUGCUUUGACAGCAGAUCCUGUUGGUGCCACUGGAUGGCAGUAUAACAACAAAAUACACUACAAUGUCUUAGAUACACGGGUCUGACUUUGCAUGGAAGAUGAUUUAUUCCAAGCUGCAUUCCCCUUCCUUUCCUCAAGAGUGCAGCACUCGGUUAUUUUCCACAUUAUUAUGUGUAACAGAUUUAAGGCGAGAAAAGGCGUCUUUUGAGGCGUUUGAUUGUGUUAAGAAAAUGUUGUUUUGUCCAUAUGAUCAUGAAACUAUCCUAUAGUGGCUUUUAAAUAGCAAAUAUAUUGUA